AUGGUGCACUUGAAACGCGCAGACUGGACGUCACGUGAAUUCCACACCAAUCACGCUGCUGAGACACAGACAUGCGCAGGGUCCCCAGCCAGGCGAGGCGCCCGGCUCCACACAAAGGCGCAGGGCUGCGUCCCCUGCCGCGGACAAGGGUGGGUGGCCGCUGGAGCCAAAUGGGCUUGGGAGUUGGGGGGCCACUCCAGUUGCCGUGGGUCAAGAGAGCUAUUUGUUCAGGAGGUCUGGGCCCUGCUCCCGGCCUGCCCAGAGCCCUCCUUGCCUGCCCCCCACACCUCGCCUCUGCCGGCCCCUCUCGAGCCCUCCCAGAAGGAUGUUUUUCCAGGGACCUGCUGA